GCAGGUGGUUGUGGGUAGCGCGCCCAGAAGGGAGCACAGAGAGGGGAUUUGUGAUCGUGCAGCCCCGCCGGGCCUGCGGAGAUGUUGGAAGACGAGUCCCACGCCGAGGGGGCGGCGGCGGUGGCCGCGGCCGGGGAGGCGCUGCAGGCCCUGUGCCAGGAGCUGAACCUGGACGAGGGGAGCGCGGCCGAAGCCCUGGACGACUUCAUCGCCAUCCGGGGCAACUACAGCCUAGAGGGAGAAGUUAUACACUGGUUGGCAUGUUCAUUAUAUGUUGCAUGCCGCAAAAGCAUUAUUCCCACAGUCGGAAAGGGUAUCAUGGAAGGAAAUUGUGUUUCACUUACCAGAAUACUACGUUCAGCUAAAUUAAGUUUAAUACAGUUUUUUAGUAAAAUGAAGAAGUGGAUGGACAUGUCAAACCUGCCACAAGAAUUUCGUGAACGUAUAGAAAGAUUAGAAAGAAAUUUUGAAGUGUCUACUGUAAUUUUCAAGAAAUUUGAGCCAAUUUUUUUAGAUAUAUUUCAAAAUCCAUAUGAAGAGCCACCAAAGUUACCACGAAGCAGGAAGCAGAGGAGGAGUCCUUGCAGUGUAAAGGAUCUCUUUAAUUUCUGUUGGACACUCUUCGUUUAUACUAAGGGUAAUUUUCGUAUGAUUGGAGAUGAUUUAGUAAACUCUUAUCAUUUACUUCUGUGCUGCUUGGAUCUGAUUUUUGCCAAUGCCAUUAUAUGCCCAAAUAGAGGAGACUUGCUAAAUCCGUCAUUUAAAGGAUUGCCAUCUGAUUUUCAUACUGCUGACUUCAGGGCUCCUGAAGAGCCUCCCUGCAUCAUUGCUGUACUGUGUGAGCUGCAUGAUGGACUUCUAGUGGAAGCAAAAGGAAUAAAGGAGCACUACUUUAAGCCAUAUAUUUCAAAACUCUUUGACAGGAAGAUUUUAAAAGGAGAAUGCCUCCUGGACUUUUCCAAUUUUACUGAUAAUAGCAAAGCAGUGAACAAGGAGUAUGAAGAAUAUGUUUUAACUGUUGGUGAUUUUGAUGAGAGGAUCUUUUUGGGAGCCGAUGCAGAUGAGGAAAUUGGAACUCCUCGAAAGUUCACUGGUGACACCCCAUUAGGGAAACUGACAGGACAGGCUAAUGUGGAAUGUAACCUUCAACAACACUUUGAAAAAAAAACAUCAUUUGCACCUUCAACUCCCCUAACAGGGCGACGAUAUUUACGAGAAAAAGAAGCAAUCAUUACUCCUGUUGCGUCAGCCACUCAAAGUGUGAGCCGAUUACAGAGUAUUGUGACUGGGCUGAAAAAUGCACCAAGUGAACAACUUAUAAAUAUUUUUGAAUCUUGUAUGCGUAAUCCUAUGGAAAAUAUUAUGAAAAUAGUGAAAGAAAUAGGAGAGGCUUUCUGUCAACACUAUACUCAAUCAACAGAUGAACAACCAGGAUCUCACAUAGACUUUGCUGUAAACAGACUAAAGCUUGCAGAAAUUUUGUAUUAUAAAAUACUAGAGACUAUAAUGGUUCAGGAAACACGAAGACUUCAUGGAAUGGACAUGUCAGUUCUUUUAGAGCAAGAUAUAUUCCAUCGUUCUUUGAUGGCCUGUUGUUUGGAAAUUGUGCUCUUUGCUUAUAGCUCACCUCGUACUUUUCCCUGGAUUAUUGAAGUUCUCAAUUUGCGGCCAUUUUAUUUUUAUAAGGUUAUUGAGGUGGUGAUCCGCUCAGAGGAGGGACUUUCCAGGGACAUGGUGAAACACCUGAACAGCAUUGAAGAACAGAUUUUGGAGAGUUUAGCAUGGAAUCACGAUUCUGCACUGUGGGAGGCUCUCCAGGCUUCUGCAAACAAAGUUCCUACUUGUGAAGAAGUUAUAUUUCCAAAUAACUUUGAAACAGGAAAUGGGGGAAAUAUACAGGGUCAUCUUCCCAUGAUGCCAAUGUCUCCUCUAAUGCAUCCAAGGGUCAAAGAAGUUCGGACAGACAGUGGAAGUCUUCGAAGGGAUAUGCAACCAUUGUCUCCAAUUUCUGUCCAUGAACGCUACAGUUCUCCUGCCGCAGGGAGUGCUAAGAGAAGACUUUUUGGGGAUGAACCCCCAAAGGAAAUGCUUAUGGACAGGAUCAUAACAGAAGGAAAAAAAUUGAAAAUUGCUCCUUCUUCAAGCAUUACUGCUGAAAAUAUAUCAAUUUCACCUGGGCAAAGUCUUUUAACCAUGGCCACAGCCAUCAUAACGGGGACAACAGGACAUAAAGUUACAAUCCCAUUGCAUGGUAUUGCAAAUGAUGCUGGAGAGAUCACACUGAUACCAAUUUCCAUGAACACAACUCAGGAGUCCAAAGUUGAGAGUCCUGUAUCACUUACUGCUCAGUCAUUAAUUGGUACUUCUCCAAAACAAACCCAUCUGACUAAAGCACAAGAGGUACAUCCAACUGGAAUAAGCAGACCAAAGAGAACUGGGUCCUUGGCACUGUUUUAUAGAAAGGUCUAUCAUUUGGCAAGUGUACGCUUACGUGAUUUAUGUUUAAAACUGGAUGUUUCAAAUGAGUUACGAAGGAAGAUAUGGACGUGUUUUGAAUUUACUUUAGUUCACUGCCCUGACCUAAUGAAAGACAGACAUUUGGAUCAGCUCCUCCUUUGUGCCUUUUACAUCAUGGCAAAGGUAACAAAAGAAGAAAGAACUUUUCAAGAAAUAAUGAAAAGUUAUAGGAAUCAGCCCCAAGCUAAUAGUCAUGUUUAUAGAAGUGUACUGUUGAAAAGUAUCCCUCGAGAAAUUGUGGCUUAUAAUAAAAAAGUAAAUGGUGAUUUUGAAAUGACUGAUUGUGAGUUGGAAGAUGUUACAAAAACACCUGAUUGUUCCAGUGCAUCAGUGAGAGAGGAAAGGGGCGAUCUUAUCAAAUUUUACAAUACAGUAUAUGUAGGAAGAGUGAAGUCAUUUGCAUUGAAAUAUGACUUGUCAAAUCAGGACCAUAUGAUGGAAGCUCCACCACUCUCUCCUUUUCCACAUAUUAAGCAACAGCCUGGCUCACCACGCCGAAUUUCCCAGCAGCACUCUGUUUAUGUUUCCCCACACAAGAAUGGGUCAGGCCUUACGCCAAGGACUGCUCUGCUGUAUAAGUUCAAUGGCAGCCCUUCUAAGAGUUUGAAAGAUAUCAACAACAUGAUAAGGGAAGGUGAACAGAGAACCAAGAAGCGAGCAAUAGCCAUUGAUGGUGAUGCAGAAUCACCUGCCAAACGCCUCUGUCAAGAAAAUGAUGAUGUUUUACUUAAAAGACUACAAGAUGUUGUCAGUGAAAGAGCAAACCAUUAGUGCCUUUCCUGUUUUUGUGAUAAAAGCACUUUCAGGUUGUUUUGCAUAAAGUUGGGAUUCUAUCCUUCACAACGUUCAACCUUGUAUAUGGUAAAUAUCACUGAAUUAUAAGAAAAACUGCACGAAAAUUAUACUGUUUUUUUGUUGUUUGUUUGUUUGUUUGUUUUUUAACGUUCAUGCAAAAUGUAGUUGACGGAGAUGUAUUUUGAGUUGGAUUGGAAAUGAAUGUUUUUGCCCUAGCUGAUUUGGCUCAGUGAAUAGAGCAUUGCCUGUGGACUGAAGGGUCAUGGGUUUGAUCCCAGUCAAGGACACAUGCCUCAUUUGAAACAUUGAUCCCCAAUUGAUGUCAUAUCCAUAUUUUUCUCUCUGACUCUCCCCCCUCCCACUCUCUCUAAAAAUCGAUGGAAAAAUAUCCUUGGGUGAGGAUCAACAAAAAAAGGAAAGAAAAUAAUGUUUUAAGUGCCUUUACAUAUAUUAAUAGUCCCAGAAUUUUUUAAAUGUUUGUUCUUUGGGUUUGUUUUUAAGAUGAAGUAAGGAGAAAUCUAAUUUUUUAGCUUUUUAAAAAAAAAAUUAAAUGCCUCCUCCUGUGCUUUGUAAUAUGAGGGUCGGUAAUCUAUUUUUGGUAAAAGUGCUUUGAAUAUUUGUGUUCUCAAUUUCAUAUUGAGUAGGGGUUGGUUCCCAUUGCAGUUGGGCCAGAGGAUGUUGCGCCAGCCUGUUUCUGACGCGCUGUGGUGACUCCACACCCAAAUGCCACUACUGUUCUCGGAUCUCUAGAUCCCUUCCUCUCCUUGAGCAUAAACAGAUUUAACCUGAGCCCAUGCAUUACCACACUUCUUGCUUCACAGCCCUAAGCCCUCUUAGCCUAGUGUCACAACCUAAUGAAAAGGGUCUUGCUCCUUUUUUUAAACUACUGUUAUUUUGCUUCUAAACCAAUCUUAACUAUGUAUGAUUAUAUCAUGUAAUUCUAAAGCCAGUAAAAUAAAAUUCAGAUGAGUUUUUAGAAACAAAAUUUCCUAUUUAGUGAGUUAGCACUCUGAUAACGUGUGAAAUACUAUUUUUGAAGUCAUCAUAAGAUGAGUCAUUCUCAAUAUGUAUUGUAAUUGAUUCCCUAAUAGUUAAAUCUUUUUUUUUUUUAUUAAGAUUUUUUUAAAUUUUAUUUUAGAGAGGAAGUGGGGAAGGAAGAGAGACAGAGAGCGAGAGAGAAACAAUGAUGCGAGUGAAACAUUCAUGGACUGCCUUCUGCAUGUCUCCUACCUGGGAUUAAGCCCUCAACCCAGGCAUGUGCCCUAAUUGGAAAUCAAAGCUACCAACCGAGUCACAUCAGCCUGGGCUAGUUGAACCUUUUCCUAAACCACAUUAAUAUCCUUUUAUACCUUAUACUAGGUGUACCAGUUAAUAAUGCAGAUUUUUUUCCAAUAGAUGGGGUUACACAUAUGUUGAUAUAUAUGCGAUUUGAUAUGUAUGCUGUUUUGUUGUAUUGACAGCAAGCUUCAAAACUUCAUAUGUCAAAUUUGCUGAAGGUGUUAACAUCAUAGAUAUUUUUAUGCUUAAAAAUGUUGAAUUUCAUGCCAAGAAACAAACAUUUGCGGGAAGUCUUAAU